GACGUGGAGAUGCGUGUACAGGAUUUAUGAAUGGAUGUCACAGUAAAUAAGAAAUGAAUAAACUCUCGUCUUCAAGAUCUGCAAAGGUCUUCGAAAUGAGUUUGCUCUCGUUACAACUGACCUGACGGACACAGAGGGAACCUUCUGCCAGCUGAUCCUCAGCAAGUCAUAACGUUUCGAUCGUAGUGGAGAAACAUCAUUUCUGAAAAUGUAUUCCUCGUUCCUGGCGACCUGGACCUGCGCGCUGCUGCUCGGCCUCUGCGCGCCCCUCGCGGCCGCAUGGCUCCCCUUCUUCGGAGAGGAGAUCCACAAGCACCUCGACCUCGAGAGUCACCACCGAGAGUGGGACAUUCUGGAGCUGCUCAGCAUCAACGGCUCCCAGACGGGCGUCUCCGCAGCGCGAGGACCCAUACCUGACACCCCCGCUUGGAGGCUGCGAGCUGUGUACGACAACAUUCAGAUCGAGCCAGCCGUCGUUCCGAAAAUUGCUUCAACGCUGCAUGACGAGGUCACCUUUUAUUUUGUCUACAAACAACACAAGAAGACACUUGGUUCUCUCCUUUCUAUAAACUUACCUGGCAGGAUCAAACCAUGGUUACAGGUCAUCUCCAACUUGAAGACUCAGCGCCUCAACUUCUUCUAUCACGUCAAGGAGGACACCAAGACUCAUCAGGCGUCGUUCGAGCUUCCAGAGAAGGUGGGCUGGACGUGGACGCGCAUCCUGGUGAGCGUGGCGCAGGCGCAGGUGCGCGUCUGGAUCAACUGCGCCGACUACGACAAGCAGAAGCUGGCGGGCCACAUUGACCUCGAAAUCCCGGCCAACGGCCUCAUAUACUUCCGUCAGGAGCCCGGACUCAAAAAUAAACUUAUUGGCAGCAUCCAGAUGGCCAAGAUCCUCAACUACAGCGUGAACGACCGCGUGUGGAAGUGCACCUACGACGCCCAGUUCGGACCCAGCUGGCGGCCUCCUCUCCUCGGCUGAGUCCCCGCGGGUUCCGACUGCUCUGCCCGCACCGCGCCGGCUCGCGCUCAUCUCCUUCUGUCUGCAGUGUAACACCUCGUAGAUGUAUCCCCUUACAUAUGUUUUUUUUCUCUCUCUCUCUCUUUCUUUAUUUCUUUCUUUUUUUCUCUGCUUGACCAUUUGGCGGAUACAUUUCUUCAUAUCUAUUUCGUUCCCUCUGUCUGCUCACUGGGAAGUAACUUUUAUCAAUCUUUUUCGUCGACCAAUCUUCGUUUAGAUGUUUCUUUAUCGGUAUAUCCUAAACAUAUGCAAACUAAAGAUAUUAAGACGUGAAAUUAUGCAAUACAUAUCACUUUUUGAGACUGAGGUUUUUGCUGCGAAGUAGCAUUUCAGAAAGGAAGUACAGAAGUCAACAAGAGAGAAAAUGACCAUAUCAGCAAAAUCCAUGAAAAAUGUUGCGCACUUUAUGAAAUUAUCGAUUCGCACCAAUUAUCGAAUUCUAAAUAAAAUUAAAACCUGAAAUUUUAAGAUUUUUUCUAUUUCUUGAAUGUACAUGUAUACCUAAAUGAAAAACUGAA